GACAGGUAGUUAAUUAACACUCCAUUUGCACAGGUUUUGUGGGAAAAUCAUCUUUUAGAUUCAAAUUACUUACCUGAAAUUGACAUCUACACUGGACCAAAUGCAUAGUGAUGACCUUUAUAUUUACCUGCACUGCUUCUGAUUUAGAAAAAUGGUGUUUAAAUUUCAAAUAUAUGCUAUGUCUUGCAGAUAUUGACUUUAGGGCAGCCCUCAUCUUUCUGCCUUACAUCUUCAAGGAGAACAUUGACUGCUUUAUUACACUUGGAGAGACUGAUCUUGACAGCCCGUACCCAACUAUUCAGUUGACCGACCGAGACUGGAAGAUGGCUUUUGCCAGGAGAGCUCCAAACGUUCUGAAAGUGGACCACAUCAAGGUGUGUCGCAACUCAGGAAUCAACGAAGGAAUCAUCUCAGCCUUCUGCACAUAUUUCGUGUUUAAUCUUGCAUAUCCAAGAUAUCUGAAGAACACUCUGAUGUUUCUCCAAAGGUACAUUGCCAAAAUAAUUGUGGAUGGUGACCAACCACUGCCAAUAACUGUCACUAGGCAAAUAAAUCUCCUCUACUGACUCCACCAUGCCUCGUCCAUACCAGUGCUCCAAAUGCUCCAGGAGGACAUACACCUUGAUGAAACUAAUUCAGCACAUUGGACUCAUUCAUGCCCAUGAAGCUAAUUUCACUAUUGCAUGUGGACUCAAUGACUGCCAGUCAACAUUUAGAAAAUAUGAGUCUUUUAGGCGACAUGUAUAUCGAAAACACACAGACCGUGUUUUAUGUUCUGACGAUGAUAAAAGCGAUGAAAAUACUGAGGUAGUCGAUCCAGAUCAAGAUUUUGAUCAGCCUGAGACACACACUGUCAUUGAAAAUCCUCCAUGUAUGGAUGAGCUGUUAAAGAAUUUCAAAGAAAAUCUUUUCAAGUUCAUUCUGAAAUGUAGAGAGAAAAUUCACCUACCAUUGUCAGUUCAAGAAGAAAUUGUUGAUGAUGUUAAUUUCUUACUAUGUUUUUUUAAGGAGAACUAUGAUGCUUUUAUAGCUUACCACCUGCAGAAAAGUGGUUUUGACAUGUCACAAAGUCCAGAACUGAAAAGGGUUAUACAGUCUAAUGAUUUUUUUGAAGAGGCCUCAAAAGGUAUUCGAUCUCCAUACAUGAUAAAAGACCAUUGUAAAUCCAAGCUUAACAUGACAGAACCUGUCCAUUUUAAGUUAAGGGACUCUGUAGGACACUCAGUGGGCUCCUAUUCAUAUGUACCCAUUGAUAAAGUGCUGAAAAAUUACUCUUCUCAUGAGGACAUUCGGGAUCAUAUUCUGAAUGAGAAUAAUCCAGAGACAGACAGUGAAUUUCUAACAAGCUACUGUGAUGGAGAAAUUUUCAAACAACACAUGUUUUUUAAAGAUCACCCAACUGCCCUGCGGCUGCAUUUCUAUGAAGAUGAAUUCGAAGUAGUUAACCCACUGGGGUCAAAAAGAACAAAGCACAAGCUGUGCGCAUUCUAUUAUACUGUAGGCAAUUUGGACAACAAGUAUAGAUCACAGCAGAGACAUAUUCAUUUAGCGUUGUUGGUGCGUUAUUCAUAUGUUAAACUGUGGUUUGGAUGUCAUCUUAAAAUCUUUGCUAAAUGAUCUUAAAAAACUGGCAACUGAUGGUUUUACAGUAAAUGUUGAUGAAACUGAACACACAUUUUGUGCUGCUCUUGCAACUUUAUCCGGUGAUAACUUGUCAGCUCACAUGAUCGGUGGAUUUACAAUGUCAAUUAACUCUGGUAGAAUUUGUCGUUAUUGCAUGGCUUCUUAUGGAGAUAUAAAACGCAUGUUUGAGGAAGACAGCUUUGUUUUAAGAACAUCUGAGUUUCAUCAGUGUCAUCUUGCCCCCAUUCAACAAAUUCCUGAUGACAAAGUGACUUAUGGUGUGAAUGGUCCUUCACCUUUUGAAGAGUUGCAAUAUUUUUAUGUGACAAAAGCUUUACCACCGGACAUAAUGCAUGAUUUGUUAGAGGGUGUAAUUCCACUUGUUAUGAAGCUAGUAAUUGGCAAAGCUCAUUCAGAGA